GCCGCGACGGCGGCGGCAGCGAUGGCGCUGGACGCGCGGCGCCUGGAGGGGCUGAGCCUGCAGGAGCUCAGCGCGCUGCUGGACGACGAGGGGCAGCUGCAGGAGAUGGCCCGCGAGAUGGAGGAGGUCCAAAAUGUUCAGCACAGCAAGGACAUGACUCUUGCCAGCAAUCGCAGUCUGGCAGAAGGCAAUCUUUUGUACCAGCCAAAGCUGGAGUCUUUGAAAGCAAAUUUGACUCAAAAAUAUCAAGAACUGCAAGUCCUUUUUGAAGCAUACCAGCUAAAGAAAACAAAACUAGACAGCCAAUCCAGUAACGCUUCCCUGGAGACACUGCUAGCCCUCCUUCAGACAGAGGGGGCUAAGAUUGAGGAAGACACAGAGAACAUGGCAGAAAAGUUUCUUGAUGGUGAAAUACCACUGGAUUCCUUUAUUGAUGAGUACCAGAGCAAGCGUAAACUGGCUCACCUGCGCCGCGUAAAAAUUGAGAAGCUCCAAGAGAUGGUGCUGAAGGGACAGAGACAUCCACAGGUUCAGCCGCAGGCUCCGCCAAGAGCACCUGAGACAACACCAGCCCCUCAAGCUUCCUACACUUCGGAUGCAAACGCUCCUGCUUCAGUGAUACCCCGACGAAUACCACCCCCUCCACCUUCGUCAGUCCCAGCAGGAUGCUUUCCUACUCCUUUUACUGCAGCCAUGAGUUCAGGACCAGCUGUUUCUUAUCCAGGUGCUCCAUAUCCUCCUCUUCCACCUCGAGUAGGAGUUCAGUCUGCAAGUCAAAUGCCACAGCCAGGAUACCCAUCUCAGUUUGUACCACAGUAUCCUCCAGCUCUUCCCCAAAGACCACCUCGCCUUCCACCACAUCCUGGCUUUAUCCUCCAGUGAAUAUUUUGGUGCGCCUAACUUAUGUAUUGGUGCUUAUAUUUCCUUUUUCUCCCCUGUUAGAGACUUAAUAUGUAGGCAGUGGAAAGCCUCUGUUUUUUGCACAAUGGAAUACAAAAUUCAAGCUGUGGCAUGGAGGUUUGAAAUUGCAUUCAGUAAAUGUGAUGAUUUUUGUUUUCAAAUAUCAGUGACAACUUUUUUUUUUUUCCUAGGAAGGUGAUAGGGGCUAACUUUUGUAAAUCCAGUGAGUUGUGAAACAAUGUACGGUGGAUUUACUUUACGUUAUAAAUAUCUCUUUGAAUUCUUUAGUGAUGGUAAAAUAGCAUCCUCUUCUUUUUUGAUGUAUUCCUGUCAGCCAGAUGUAUGUGUGGCAAAUAGGGAGCUGUUUGUGUCUCUAAAGAAUUCUCCAUCGGUGCUGGUAUUUGGAUGGUAACAGCCAUAUCUGGAUACUGGGCAGAGAGCUGCGGUGGAGCUCGUCAGUGUCCUUUGCAGUGCGCCUGGGCAGCUGCACUGCUGACAAGGUGCACAACCUUUUCCGAGCUCAUUGAGCGGACACUGUUCUCAGAAGAUGUCUUAUGGUUUUUAAACACUAGAAGUUACAACAGUUUAAUUUUUGCAUUUCGGUUACCUCGCACUUUUUGUAAUAAAAGUGCGCAUCCUUCCCUUUCGUAAAUAGAGCUAUAGCUUGAAAGUCCUGGUCUCUUAAAAUUAAACUAAACUGUUUGUAGUGUCAGUUUAGAGUUUUAUAGAAAUUUUACCAGGCAUUUUUAUUUCCUUGCCUAUUAUAACUGUUUCCUAUGUUUUUUUUUCUUCUCCGCAUCUUGGAUAUAGAAGUUUCUUUUCUUUUUUCUUUUUUUUUUUAAACACAGGUGCUUAGUUCUUGAUAUGAUUCCAGGAAUCUAGGCAGGGUAUUUUCUUAUUCAAAUUCAGGGUUUUCAUAUCAUUUAAUUGCCCACUUGAACCUCCACAGUUCCAUUUCAUCCUUCAGACUCGAUCUCUUGUUUGGAAGAACUAUUUUUAAUUUUCCCAUUUCAUUUAUAUUUUCAGUGUUUGGCACACUUACCUGUCUGGAAUUUGCAAUUAACAUUUCUCUGCAAGCAGUCAGAGCAGAGUAGUUUUUGGAAUUCCAUGGUGGAUGUUUGCAUCUUAAUCCAUUUUUGACUUUCUAUGCCACUGGAGGGGGAGGCUUUUUAGGGGAGUUCAGAUUUCCUCAUCAGUGUGACUCCUAUAUAUGGUGCAAGCAUGUGUGGGUAUUUUAAUCUAGACUGGGGGAGGCAAAUCUUAGCACUUGUUGCUUGCUCAGAAUAUGUCCAUAAACUCAUUAUCAGUUUCUCACAUCCACAACCAACCUUUGCCUUUGAACUAAUUAAUAGUAAUUUAAGGAACACGCAAUCUAUAAUCUGUGAUAUUCUCUGCAUCAUUUCAAAACACUUUCUUAUCAUUGUCCUGGAAUGCACUACAUUGUUUGGAAGUCUGUAUUACAAACGACUUCAGUCAAAACAGAAGAUCUGAUUUUCUCCCCCCCGCCCCCCCUUUUUUUUCCUCUACGUAAAGCCCUUGAUUGUCCCUUAAUCAUUUCCUCUGGAGUGUGGUGGUUGCUAGCAAAUACUAAUCUGAAAUUAGUCUCAUAACAGGAAGCUCCCUAUUAUGAAAAUAGGGUUAUUUGGCUUGUUUUGCCUUCUAAAGACAAAGGGCAGAAGGUUGGUCAGCGUUACUGGUGUCUGAACCAAUUCCCCACUGUAGGUCUGGAAAGUUUCUAUAGGUGUGGGGGGGUUGUGAAACAAUGUGCAUUGGAUUUGUUUGCAUAGUGUGUUUUUUCUGUAAUCUAGUGAUGAUACAGGACGUGUGUUUUAAAAUAGUGUAAUAUCUUUUCUUGGUCUUAUUUUCUCAUUGAGGCUUAGUAUAAGCAUGGUUAAUUAUUAAUGGUUUCAAAAUAAUUUUACUGUGUUAUUAGUGCUGGUAUUUGGAUGGCAACUAUUGUAUCUGAAUGUUAAACAUAAAUCUGCUGUAGAAAUGAUUUGUCUUUAAUGAAAGUGGGUGGGACUACAAGGGUGGUGAUUAAGUUCAUAAGUCUGUACUUGGAGCCUGCUACACAAACUCAAACAGUCUCAAAUUAGUUUUGCUAACAUUUAAUAAAAGCAACCAGGUAUAUUUUACACUUAUCAAGUGCCAACUUUUUUUCUGAGGGUUGAAAAACCUCAGAAGUGGUGGAGGUGAUAAGUGUAUUGUGAAUUUGCACUGCAUUUUAUGUAUCUAACUCUAUUGGUAUUAGUAGUCCAAAAAUAUUUUUACUACUUGUUAAAUUUUCUGUCUUUUGGUAUCUUUUGUGAUAACAUGACCAUUCAGGGAUACUUUAUCUAAAGCAAACUCUUGUGUAAACUAAAUACAGACAAAGGUAAUGCAAUUUUUCUGUCUGAAAGCAAAACAAUGCAUUAUUGCAUAUGCAUGUGGCUGAUGUGCCUUAGGAUCACUACUUGUGAUUGUACUAUUAGGAUAUUAGCAUUUUUAUCAUUUGAAUGGCCAUUGCUCAACUCUAAGGGCUCUUCAAGAGCACUUUCUUUUACAAAAAUGUCACCCUUAUACUUUAGAAUAAACAGAGGUGGUAUCUGCUAUUUGUAAGCUUAUAGUUGCCUUCACUGAUUGAUUAGUUUGAACAUAGUUAAUAUAACUAAUGUGAUGUUUCAGUUAUAGCAGUCUCAUAACUGAAAUCCAGCUGCUCAUGGGAAAUGUUUUGCCAUUAACUGUGUGUGUGUGUGUGUGCGCACACAAACUGAUAUGUAAAUACAUACUUGACUGCUGGCAAUGUCUAAGGGUUAAAAAGCAAAAGGACUGUGGAAAGCUGUUUAAAUCCUUUCAGAAGCAAAUGUUAUAAGACACUAAUCUGAAUGAGUAGGGUAAGAUGUGUGAUGUUUUAGCCCAUCGCCCCUGACAGCUUCUCCUAUUCUGUUACAGCUAAUAAAUUAAAUUUUACUAUGACUAAGACAUUUAGAAUCAUACUAAUUUGCACUGUUUCUAAGAUAGAUGAAAAUGCCGUAGGCAAGCUGAAACUUGAGAGGGGGUGGCUCAAAUGCCUUGCCAAAAUAUAUAGUAUUAUGUUAUCUUAAGAAUUUUUGAUUUCUGCUGCAAAUAGCACAUACUUCCCCAGAACAGUCAGAACAGAGAAGCUUCUCUUAAACAUGAAGUGGAUGCCAGGUUCAAAUUAAGAUGUGUAACGUGGCUGUAGGGUGGUGGUAGUGUCGAGAAAGCUCUCUUUGGAUGGCGUUACUUUUGCCAGUCUUUUGUAUGCAGCUUUGUAAGUUACGACAAAUUGUAUGUGGGUAGGUUUUUUUUUUUUUUUUCCUUUGGAUGAUAAUCAGCAUUGAAUGGUCCUAACUCCAAGAUGAGUUUCGCUGCACUUCAGUGCCGUCUCCUCGAGGAAACGGAGUGAAUUGUCUCUAGCGCAGCUGAUCCGCAGAGGUCACGGUUGUGGACUGCUUUGAGGAUGAGCUUUCGCGUGGUUCCAGGAGGCAGAGCCCUGGGCGCAGUCCCCUCCUGGGUAGCUGUUACGUUCAGUGCCCCAGCUUCCACCACCUCACCCGCAGCCUCUUUUGGACUGCUCUGCCUUCCCAAACUGGAAUAAUGACUUCAACGGAGAGCUCGGUUUGGAAAUUCCUCUAGCCUGAAUACAGAAAUACUUGCCUAGCGUUGAGUUCAGAGGAAGCAGAGUCGUCUUGGCACCUGAGCGCUUCCUCUGUCUAAGCCUGGACAGCCUAACAGAGGGGCAAUUUUAUUUGCCUAGCAAGUUGUGAAAUGUACGGUGGAUUUGUUUGCAUAAUUUUUUUUCUGUAAUCUACUGUGGUCUGAUUUUAAAUAAAAUAGCAAAUCUCUCCUGG